AUGGGUAAAAACGGUGUACGCCAUGAUACAGAAAAGAUCAAGGCGAUUAGCGACUGGCCUGUUCCAGUCGACGUCAAGGGACUUCAAAAGUUCCUUGGCUUGGCGGCGUACUUGUACAAGUACUCGCGCAACUAUGCCGAGAUGACCGUACAUCUCUCUCGGCUACUAAAGAAACAACGAGAGGUGGUCAUGGAGCGCUGA